AGUCGUCACUGUGGAAAUAGCAGAGGUGUAAAGAGUACCUAAAAACAAUACUUGAAUUAAAGUUCAGAUACCUUAUCUGCCUCAUCUCCUAAAUCAAACACCUUUAAUUCACAACUACCUGCUAAUGUACUCGCAUUCGUGUAAAGUAGCCUUGUUGACAAGUUUGGGUGGGUAAAGGCAAACAUACAAGAUAUAAUACCUUCAAUGCCAUCUUUAUAGCAGGAACUGCUGCAGAAAAUGUAGUGAAGUAAAGUAUAUUUACUUGUUCCAAAAUGUUGUCAAGUAGAGAGUAAAAGUUUCUAAUAUCUUUGAUACAAAGUAGCCAAGAAGAUUUACUCAAAUACUUGACACUACUGGGAAAUAGUUUCACAGACAGGAAAACUAUGAGAAUCGUGUAAUAACUCACCAGAGAGUUCCCAUGUCUUCAGUGUGAGAAGAGCAUCCCAUAUCAAAAAGACCUGUGCCUCGUAAGAAUAGUCUUAAGCUUUGACUUAAGUGUCAAAAAAUUCUUAGUAAAAAGUAGGACUUUUCUAAGAGUAAGAGACUUUUACAAAGAAGCUAAAAACAAAUAUCAGUAAAGUCUAAGACUAAUUUUUAAGUGCUGAUUGAGGUGGUACUUUAGUGUGGUGAACACAAUUAUUUGUCAUAUUUAGCAAAUAAUCUUUAAAAGGACCAACUUGGGCAAGGGCCUUAGUAACCAUGGAUACCAACUGAUAAGGUGGUUUAUUGCCCUCCCAGCCAUCUGGAAAAGCAGAGGCUUUAGGAAAAACCCAUAGCCCUUAAAACCUAUAUCAGGUUUGGGGUUUCUGAGUUUGUAUUUUGAAGAUUUAAAUGCUUGUGUAUAUGAUAUGUUGAUACCUAUGCAACAUAUUAGAAUGACAAGAAUCUUUAAUAGUUUGUUCUUCAAUAACCCAGCCAAACACAAUAACCCAGCCAAACACAAUAACCCAGCCAAUAACAAUAACCCAGCCAAAUACAAUAACCUAAUAACCCAGCCAAAUACAUAGGCAAACACCCUGCGACAGACACAUUGAGCCAUAAAAAAUCCACAGAGGAAUUUCCCACUUAGAAAUUCUACCUUUCUCAUUGGUCAAGUCAACCCUAAGAGGUGCGAAUUCUCCCAGACCUUAAAAGACCCCACCCAGUUCGUUCCCUCUCUCUUGCUCCUGACUGAUUCUCUGUAGCUCCUGGCCGCUAGGUGGCCUCGACCUGCCCCAGCCAUGUGCUCACCUAGAAGAGAGAGAGAACUCUUCCCCAAGACAGAAGAAAUCCAUUGUAUCUUCAGCACCAUCGGACCAAACUCUUAAAGACUCUCUGUGGUGAAAAUCAAAUUUUUAAUGUUAACUAAUGUUUAUAUGUCUAUGUGGUGUUUUUAAUAUGCUUUAAGACAAAACAUGUGCAAAUUCAAGAAUCAGCACCAUUGCUGAGUAUUUACUGUUUAAAACUGCAGUGAAAAAAAGAAAGUCUCAAGCCCGCGGUUUGAAAUCAAAGGAAAGCAUAUUUACAUUGCCUGAAUCGUUCCUUGCUCUCUAUACAGUGCACUACUUGCCAUUCACCAUGUAGAAACUAGUAAAUAUGUGAAGAAAUUACCAAUUUCAGCUGCAGCUUUAGCAUCUGUAAGGGGCCGUUUUUUUUUUUUUUUUUUGCCCUCAUAGUUUACUGACAAGGUUUGUACUGUAAAUGUGAUUGACUGUUAAAGGUGGGAUAUUUUUUCCUAUUGAAAGAGUGAUCUGACAUAACAGUUCACUUUCAGCAGUUAUUUUAUCUAUGGUUCGUAACAUUUCUUACAGAUUUCUGCUCGUUGUAAAUCAGAUACAGAUAAAUUAGCACAUUACCAGUACAUAAUGAGAGCGAUUGCGUGUGUGAAUUAGUCAUACCGUAUCUUUAUUAAUUGUGAAGCUGUGGGUUGUAAAUAGUUCCUUCAAAAGCAGAAAAAUAUAUGCUAUAAUAAGUUUUAAGGUACUUGCGUGAUAAAUCACAGGACAACGCUGACAACUAGUUUCUGCGAUCCUCUCUGUGCGCGCGAUCUUCACGUUUUGUGCAGCUACUGUUUGUAUGAGUGUUCGUGCCACAAUGCAGCUGCGUGAGCACGGUAGCUCGAUAUAAUAAUACACAUCCGAUCGUCUAAAUCGCUUGAAUGUCCAAACUGGCAAACCUUAAAACACAUACAACUGACAAAGUUUAGUGAAAACGCAAGGCUCACCACUCGCGCGCCGUCUCUGUGUUGACUCUAGGUGUUGCCUGGAUGGGGCGGAGUUACGUAGCUACACACGCGGUAGUAUGUUUUUAUGUACGAAGUAUUAACAGGAUUAAAAAACGAAAUAACCGACAUGGGAAAAGACGCCGUAUCAAGUUAAAAGAAUUUCAACUUUUAAAAGAGCAUAAUUUCUGAUGAGCAGAUUUCUCACGCCAUUGUUUCAGUGUCCCUCUGCACAUGGAUGACGGGCACAGUGAGUGUGUGCGAUGUCUGGGCAAGUCCCACACAGAAGCCACUCUCACUGAAAUGACCUGCUCUUAUUGCGAGAGCACGAGUGUAGCCUCCUUGUUGCUCGCGGAUAGCAUUCUUUUCAGAACUCGACUCUGUCCCUCACGCCCUCCCAUUUUUCUUCCUCCCAGGAGACCUCUCAAACCCAUCCUCGACCUCAGAUAUUUGAAUCAGGCCCUGAUAAAGCGCUCAUUCAAGAUGAUUACUUUGAACAAAUCUUCUUGCAAAUUUGCCCAGGAGAUUGGUUCUUUUCUCUAGGCUAUCUCUGGUUCGCUACACUUUUACGAAGUGUAUGGAUGCGGUUCUCUCCCCUCUCCCCUCAGAUGGGAGUAUGCAUACUCUACUAACUCUACAACUGGUUUGUUAUGGCCCAGUCAGAGGUGGAGCUAGUGUCACACAGAACCCUUCUCCUCAACCACUUAGAGUGCUUGGGGCUCAGGGUCAAUUUUCCCAAGAGCUCAUUAUCUCCCAGCCAACGGGUCUCCUUCCUGGGUAUAAUUCUCGACUCAACCUGCAUGAAGGCUGUAAUCUAGCCAGAGCAAUCCCUUUCAGAGGAUGCUAGGUCUCAUGAGCUCAGCAUCACCAGCCCUGCAGUUGUGUCUGCUUCAUAUGCGCCCACUGCAGUUCUGACUGAAACCUCGAGUCCCGGCCCAAGCCUGGCAGCUGAGAGCAGCACACAUUCAGGGCGUAUUGAACACAGGGGUGGACAUGCUGUCCCGGAGCAACCUUCCCACAGAGGAAUGGUCGCUUCACCCCCUUAUAGUCCAGGGAAUUGGGGAUGUCUUUGGAAGGGCAGAUGUCGACCUCUUCGCCUCACAAGACAACUAUCGUUGCCCAACUUAUUUUUCAAAGACCAGGGGUGUGCUGGCCCAUGUUUUUUUUUUUUUUUUUUACUUCUUGUUAGCAGCUUUUUCAGCGUCGGGCCAAACCAUUAUCUUUGCUUUCCCAUUCCAUUCUGUGCUAUUCGUUUUCCACUGUGGGGCUGAUAACGGUGCUCUUCAGUCGUUGCCUUAGUAACACAAGAUUUUACACACGAUAUGCUAUGUAAAUAGUGACCUCGUUAUGUAGGAUGAUCAGUUAUUUCUUUUAAUUGUAUGAUCAAUUUGUGUUCAUGUUGCUCAAAUAUCAUGUUUAGCAAGCUACGGAGAAACUGGCAGCCAGACGACAGACAAGUGACUGUUUCUGAUUGAUGACGUCACUACUCGCAUUCUAGCAGUAGCCUACGGUUCGGCACGGUUGGCUAAUUCCGAUGACUACGGUGUCUUCAAGUCACCGAUUUUUCGGGAUGCACUAUACUAUGAGCACCUGUUGCAAGCACUUCUCAGUGCGCUGCUCGAAAGCUCUGUUGCCCCCCCUUAGUAGCACGGUGUGAUUAUAUUGUUCCGUAGCGUCUUACCUUAGUAAGAAAAAUGACGCAGUACGAGUGUAGUAUCGAAAGGUAAAGUACUCGGUUACUAAUGUAACCUUUGUUCCUUUAGAUAUGGAACGAGUACUGCAUACUUUGCCGCGCUACUCGCGAGGCACCUAAUGCCAUUGCUUCAGUCAGAAUAAAAUCUGCUUAAAUAGCCCGAUUCCCCACCCAUUUUGGCGGGCUCGCUCACCAUUGGCUUGGUUUGUUUACUUUAACUUCAGGAACCAAUGGCCAUGCAGUUUCACUGCGUGAUUGAAAAAGGCUUCAGUAAUCAGAGAAAAAAAGAGUUUUCCCCCCGUAGCAUCUUGUUUUAGAAAGACAAAUGACGCAGUUCUCGUUCCGUAUCUAAGGGAACUGAGGUUACAUUAGUAACCGAGUACUUUCAUUAUGUAGUUACUAUGGUUUUACUUCAAAAACUAUAGUUAAACUAUGGUUACUGUAGUAAAACCAUAGUUUUACUAUAAAAAUCAUGGUUACUACAAAAAAACAUGGUUGAGUUUCAUAAGGGUGAGCGUUUGUAAGGAUACUGAUCGUUAGAAGGCAGCUGUCUGACUCUGAGAUGAAGAACAGGAACGGUGAGUGUAACAUUAGCAACACGUUAUUAGCUGUUUGAUAACGUAGUCAAGCAAAAGGCUAAUCAUAUUAAUUCAUAUUAAUUAAUGACAGAACCGUCGCAAGGGCUGUGCCAAGUGUGCGAGCGCAUAGGGGCUCACGCUAAAGUAAAGUGACAGCUGACGUGAAGUAAAGCCAAUAAAGUUCAUGUUUUUGUCCUUCGAAAUAUUUUAAUAUUAUAAAACAUAGCUAAAACAAUAUUGCUCUGAGCGUGUGACCGUGAUUCAUGUGCAUAUUCAGUGUGUCCUCGCACACCAAGUUCUGAGAGAGUUAUUCAGUCCAUUAUAAAUUAGACAGCAGUCCAAAUGUUUUGCAAAGGCGUUUUACCAAUUCAUAAUUUAAAACACAAUUUAAGCGUCAGAACAUAUGAGCAGUUCAGUUGCAGAGCUGUUAAACUGAAUAUAUGAAGCGAAGCAAGCUUUUUUCUUAAAUAUCCACAACACAAACAACAAAUUGCUCGUAUCCAAUAAAAUAAGUUUUUUUUAUUGUUAAAACCGCCUCCUGUGAGGCUCAUGUGAGAGUGUGCACACACACACACACACACACACACACACACACACCUCAUUUACAUUUAGUUCACACUUUGAUUCAUCCUCUCAUGUAGCCUGUACUGGUGAUUAUACUGGAUUUAAUACAGAUCACUGCUUUGAUAUCUUAAAUAUGAGAUGAUUCUGUAUUGUGACGACAACCCUACUUUGUGCUGCUCUUUAUUUCGAAUGGUUUUGUGAUCAUUGUUUCUUCUGAUCUAAUUUCACUACUGCAGUGUACUUAUUAGAAAAUCAAACUUUCAGUUCAUAUAUAUUAUAUUGCUGUAGUUAUUUAGCAGCAGUGGUUGAUGAAGAUGAGUGUCAUUAGUGUGUUUUUGUAUUAUUGGUGUUUUAUCCACAUCAUGUUGUGAGAAAUAACAGUAUUGUCUUUAAUUAAAGAAGUUUUAUAGGAUUUUCUCACAUAUCCUGACUCCAAUAAUCAGUUUCUAACAGAAUAAAGUGAGAUGAUCUGCUAAUGAUCUGAAUGUCUUGUUGAAUGGGUGUUGAUAGUCUGAGGAUCAUCAAUAUUAACAGAGCUGCUGAAAACACUCUUUAUUUCAUGUCAAUAGUUCCUGUUUUCACCUCAUUUAUUAUGCUGAUGUCUUCAGAUCUGCUGUAAAUUGACACUUAAAGCUCAUUUCAUUGCUGUCAACAGACUGAGGGGAUUUGUGGACCUCAAAUAUGAACAAUUAUUUUUGUCUUUAUGCUUUUAACUGUUUUUCUUACAGUUCUUUACUACUAGAUAUCUCAAUAUUUUAAUGGAGAAACUGAAUAAAGUUCUGAAUUAGCAUCAGUUGCUUUACGAUAGACCGAUAUAAAUUCUUAAUGCUCUAAUGCAGUUUAUGGGUGAAAUACAAAAAGUGGUUAAUAUAGCACAAAAAAUAAUUAAUUAAAAAAGAAAGAAAGAAGAAAACAACUUUUCAGGCAUAUUUAGAAGGAGAAUCACUUGAUGACAAAUUCAAACACUGUUGAAGGAUCACACUGCAGCCCAAAAUACUCUCUAAUUGUCAUUUUAAAUCUUUAGACUUUACACCACUUUCCUUCAAACCACUAGCUUUCACCAGUUUGUCAGCAAGAAGUUUUUAAUCAUUUAAAAUAUAAUGAAAUUUAGUAUGAUCUCUUAUUCUUAUAUAUAUUUUUUAAAUACAGGUCAAAAUAACUGAUUCCUUUUUGCAUUAAAUGUAUCCGUUACACUAAAUGAUGAUGGGACAUUAAAACAUUUUGUUUUCACAAAAGUAAUAUGAAACAUUAAAACACACACAUUUCACCUGAUGGGUUUUCUAUGUAAAAUCACUUUUGUACAUUUCAUUUGAUACAGACACUACAGUUUGAUCUCUGGACUUUAACCCUAUAAAAACAAACACAGUAACUGAUUUAUUUUUGAUUUGGGCAGAUCAGCUCCUCCAACCAAUCUGCAGUUCAGUCAACAAAGCCCCGCCCACUGCAAUUACUUAAUGAAGCUCCUCAUAUAGCAGUCACAUCACCAGUGAAGCUCCUCCCACAGCAGUUAAUCAAUAAAUGCUGGAAUAUUCCCAUCAGAAGAGCACUGAAGCAUCAGGAAGAGCUGAAAACUGCAGAGAACAUGAGUGAUCCAGAACCCUGCAGAAUGAAACACACUGAAGAUACUGAAGAACAAGGAGACCUGAUGGAAGAAAGCGAGGAGAGUGAAGAACUAAAGACAUUUCUAAAGAAAAGAGCCAAGAAAUCUUUCACCUGCACUCAGUGUGGAAAGAGUUUCUCAACCAAACAACAUCUUAAGGAUCACAUGAGAGUUCAUACAGGAGAGAAGCCGUUCACAUGUGAUCAGUGUGGGAAGAGCUACAGUCAAUCAUCAAGCCUUAAAGCACACAUGAGGAUCCACACCGGAGUGAGACCGUUCACAUGUCACCAAUGUGACAAAACAUUUCUUGGGGAAUCAACCUUAAAGAAACACCUGAGAGUUCAUACAAAUGAGAAGCCAUAUUCAUGUUCUGUGUGUGGAAAGAGUUUUUCACAGCUGCAUUAUUUACAUAAACAUGAGAAAAUACACACUGGUGUGAGAGAGUACAUGUGCUUUGAGUGUGAGAAGACUUUUACUAUAGCAAACCAUUUAAAACAGCACCAGAGAACUCACACUGGAGAAAAACCUUACAAGUGUUCACACUGUGACAAGAGAUUCAGUCAGUCAUCAUCUCUGAAAACACAUGAGAUGAUCCACACUGGAGAAAAACCUUACAAUUGUUCACAGUGUGACAAGAGAUUCAGUCUGUCAUCAAAUCUGAAAACACAUGAGAGGAUUCACACUGGAGAAAAACCUUACAAUUGUUCACAGUGUGACAAGAGAUUCAGUCAGUCAUCACAUCUGAAAACACAUGAGAGGAUCCACACUGGAGAAAAACCUUACAAGUGUUCACACUGUGACAAGAGAUUCAAUCAGUCAUCAUGUCUGAAAACACACAAGGAGAUCCACAGCAGAGAGAAGUGGCACACGUGUGAUCAGUGUGGAAAGAGUUUCUCUUUUAAAAAUCAGCUGAAGAUACACAUGAAGAUCCAUGCAGUGGAGAAACCACAUCACCACAGUCUGCAAUCAUGAUAAGUAGUUCAUCUUUAUGUGCUGAGCAACAAUCCCUCUUCUGUGUAAGGUAGACAAAUCUCUCCUCUCCACCUAUAGUUGGCGCUGUUGCUCUGUGGCUGCUGUUGAAUUAUCCAGGUUGUGAAUGAGGAGAGACCCCGAAAUGCCUCAUUCAUUCAUUUAUUCAUAGUUAAUUGUUUCUCAAUAUGUGCUCUUGUCUGUACUUGUUUGAAACGUCAUCAGUCGCUGUCCAAGUACUGUUCCAAUUCAAAGUUCACAUCUAGCCAAGUACAGUUCAAAUCCCCGGAUGUGUUCUUGAUCCGCCAUUUUAUCGAGGAUGCAUUGAGAGGUGACUUGUGCGGACUUGAGACAGCCAGGUAUCCCAGAAUGCAUCUUGCACUAACCUGCAAGUGUCAGCAGCAGAGGAGAAAACCCAUGUAACACACUACUGUUAUUAUGUCAUGAUAUGUAGUUUUAAGAGUUUUCAGGCAUGUAGGAAUGUACUGGUUUAAAGCUCAAAUUUGUGGUUUAUUGAUAAAAGUAGCACCUAUUUGGAGUUGUGAGAUCCAGAUGAUCACUGGGCGCUCAUGUACCCCGCUGAGAGCAUCCUUACCUCGGCUAGUCCUUCUGACGUUUGCCGCUGGCUCUGAUGUCUCUGUAGUGCUUAAACAUAAUAUAAUUCAUCUUUUGUAAAUCUAACGGGUGAUCUUUGGUCUCAUAAAUCUAUGAUUUGUUGAACUAAAAGUGAAAUCUCAUAACUUAUAGUUUACUGUUGUAGCCUCAUUUGCUUUAUUUUUCAUUGUAGCUUCUUAUACCUUUUGCUUAUACUUAUAUAAUGGGUAUUUGGCUAUUGUUGGCCAUUAAAACUGACAUUUAACAAAAAGAGUCAGGGGUGUGUUUUAUAUUUGCAGACUAUAUGCACAUAUUGACACAUAUGUUUGAUAUUUUUAAAAUGGAAACAAAAAGAGGAAGAACUGUGUUUUAUAGUUUGUUUGGUAAUAACUAUACAUGCAGUGAAGACUGUAACACUCUGCCUAAAUAAGGCAGGCUACACAAAUAAAGUUUUUUCUUUUCCCUCC